AUGGAUAACUUAGAAUUUGCAGAUGCAAUAAUUAUACAGAAAAGUAGAGAAACUCAACUACAACAAUUCACUCGAGAUCUAAAUGAAUACUUCACAUUAAUGGAUAUUAAGGAUAAUGAGUAUUAUUCAUUAUCAGAUAUUAUAAAUAAAAUCCGUAAAUCUGGAAUACCUUUCAGUACUGAGAUGAUGAAAAAAAUUUUCUUAUCUGUGAAUAUGACUCAUCCUGAUAGUUGUAAUGGUAAACAACUUAAAGAGAGUUAUAUUAAACGUCGAUGGGAGCUUCAAACAAUGUUGGAUACUUGUAAUAAGGAAUUCGAGGCAUUAGAACAACUUAGACACCAAGCAGAACAUAACCUAAGAAGAUAUGAAACUGAGGAAAACAAAUAUUAUUCUCAAGAAAGCAAAUUAACUAUACAAAUUGUAAGCUUUGAGCCAAUAUAUAUGAUUAAUAUGGAGACUCAAUAUAAGAUAAAUUUGGAAUGUCAAGAGCAAGUUAUUGAUACACAAUGGAAAAGUAUUGAAGAUGAGAAUACUAUAUUUUGGAAUGAACUUUUUAGUUUUGAAAUUAGUCAAACAAGUGAUUUAGAAUCUUGUGACUUAAUUAUUAGAUUAUUUAACUUUUAUAAUGAUUGUAUAGCUAAAACUAACAUUAUUAUUGAAGACUUGGCAGAUCAAAGGAGACAUGAGAUUAAAAAAGACAUGUAUAGCAUUAGUGGAGAUGAAAUAGUUGGUAGCUUAUUAGUAUCAUGUCAAUGGUUAUACUCAAGAUAUAUUUUAUACAAAAGCUAUGUAAGAGAAUUCAAACAAAAACGUGAUCAAAAGUUGAAUGAUAUGUUGAUAUAUCAGCAAGAAUUGAAAUUAUUAGAUGAACCAUUUCUAUCUAAAGAUAGUAGUGAAAACUUAAGCUUUUAUAUUGAUGCUAUUCCUGAAUAUAUUGCUGAUCAAAUUGAUGUUAUUCUUACUCAACUUAAGAUUAAUCAUCCUACAAUUUUAUACAAGUAUAUUAUAUUUAUAUCCUUCUGCCUUCAAUGGAUUGCAAGUGCAACUAGAUCUUGUUUUCUAGAUAGUUUAAUUACAAGUUACAUAUUUUGGUGUGAUUUAGGGACAGAUAACUAUAAUUCUACAAGAUGGAAUAAAACAAAUUUUCAGUAUAUACUCUUCAGUAUUCUUGCAUCGUUAAUCUUGGAUGUAGUUUGGAUGAUUAUGUACUUUCCUGCCUGGAAUAUAAGCUCAGAAGAAAGUGACUUAAGAAAUUUCUCGAAAAUAUUCACAUUCUUUAACUUCAUGUGGAAGAUAGUCAUAUUUCUUGUUAUUUGGAAGUCUAGACAUGACUUUAUAAAGUAUUUGGAAUACAAAGAAAGUUUAUUAAGGAAAAAACGAAGAAAUAUCCUACUUUCAAACUAG